AUGCGCUUUCUGCAGACAGAAUGGCACCGACAUGAGCGAGACAGAAAUGCGUGGGAAAUCGAGCGCGAAGAAAUGAGAAACAGGAUAGCCAUCCUGGAAGGAGAGACCAGGACAAGCAAGGGCAUGCGCGUCUCCCUGGAACGGCACGUCAAACUCUUAGAGACAGCGCUCAAGAAAGAACGGGAGAGGGCGAGAAAUGCCAGCAAAGGCGAACCCGUGGACAGCCACAAAGACGCCAAAGACCUGGCGCGGGAAGAGCUGAAGGCUGCGGGCAAAGGUAUGAUUUCUCCCGGACGCGGCUAUCACAGUUAUUCACACAAGACAGAUCUGCAUAUCAAAGCUAUCAGCCAUUUUGACGCUGAGAUCGAUCCCGAUCACCACCUAGCGCAGGGAAUCCGACAAGAAAAGGAGCGCGACAAGUCCAAAGGCUUCCUUACAAAGUGCUCCUCCGAAAUCACGUAUCACGUCUUACCGACAACCCAUGUACCACCAGAGACCAACGAACUUGUGCCGUCUACCAACGGAUCCCAUGCCUUCCAAGGGCGACAGCCCACACAACAAGAGCUCCAAGAAGCCUAUCUACAAUUGCAGCAGGUCAAACAACAGCAGCAUCGUAAUGUCGCAAUGGUCAGGGAGAAUGCUGUUCAACAGCCGACACAGUAUGGAGAGCCGAACCCUAUUACACGAACGACCACCGCGAUCAACAAUUCAGAAAUUCAACCCAGUGUGGUAGACCGGCGGAUACCCGACCAAGUCGUCCAAUCUAUUCCUGUGGUCGACCCCAGAAAGAAUUUCUUCAAUGAAUCGAUGCCGGUGGUUGAAGACCCUGUGGAAUCCAUAUCCCACAGCUUCGAUGCUUAUGGACAGGAAAUCCCGCUGAAAGAUCAAACCGAAAUGAGAACCAUGGACGAACCCAAGCAGGAAGUAUCUGACGGAUGGGAUUUCGAUGAUGGCCCACCAGCCUCGGAGAAGCCUGUCGAGGUGCCGCCACAAAGGCCUGAUACCGAACUAUUCCCCAGCGCCAAUCUGAUACCUUCCAAAUCUCCGCCUCGAGCACCGGGCUCGUAUCGUCGGAAGAGCAUGGGUGGAAGGCGGCGCAGCGAAGGUAGCAACGACGCGAAGGAUCUGGGAGUCAAAUCGGACGCAUCACAGUUCAAAGUCAGGUUCGCCAUGAGAGGACACUUAGAUGUCGUCCGCGCCGUCGUUUUCACUGGUGGCGGCAGUCCAUCGGAGCCCGAAUUUUGCACAGCAAGUGAUGACGGUGGUGUGAAGCGGUGGCACAUCCCGGCAACCUACACUCACAACGUUGCGCUGGGAGAUGAUUUGGACCGAAUAGCUCACUUUACUCAUCGUGGACACCUGGGAGCGGUCUGUUCAUUAGCAGCAUGCCCUGCAUCUUUGAGCUUUUCGAGCGGUGGCCGUGCUGCCGGCGAUGGGUGGAUCUUCUCCGGCGGCGAAGAUGCCACAGUCAAAGUUUGGGAGCGUGGUCGGGUCGAUGCCAAAGCAACGCUCGAAGGACACAAGGAUGCUGUCUGGGCUCUGUGCUGCUUACCAGGCUCAACAGGCACCAUUCUUGGGGAUCGCUGUUCGCAAUUUGGAGGCCCGGACAGGGUUCUCCUUGUCGCUGGCGGUGCGGACGGGACGAUACUUAUCUGGUCUGUCAGUACGCCACCUCAGCUUACGUCGCCGCAUGCCGGAAGUCGAUCAGCAAGGGGCAGUCGCAGAGCCAACUCGAUAUCUGCGGGCUCCAAUUUCCCCAGCUCACCACAACCAAGUAUAGCCAGUGCGACACCGUUCAACUACAGCUUGGUGCACCGGAUAGAGCGAGCAGAUAAACCGGCGCCAACGUCCAUUUCACCACUGGGCAAUCAUGGCGAGAGUUUCGUUGUUGGAUACACCGACGCGAGUGUGCUAGUAUUCGACACACGGACGGGCGAAGAAAUCGUCGGCAUGGCCAGUCAAGAAACGUACGACGGCACGCCAAACACGGGAAUCAACGCCGUUGUCGCUAGUAGCACAGGCUUUGAUACCAGAGACUCAGUCGCGCCCGGCCGACGUGGAUCGAUGGGGGAAGACGACGUUGUUCACGGUGCAACCGGGUCUGAAGGCGGAGUUGAAGGAGUGGUCAUUGCGGGAUAUGAGGAUCGAUACAUUCGGUUCUUUGACGCGAAUAGCGGGCAAUGCACAUACACCAUGCUUGCACAUCCAUCGGCGAUUUCUUCCUUGUCAUUAUCACCAGACGGCAAAGAAUUGGUUUCGGGAGGUCACGACGCGAGUUUACGGUUCUGGUCGCUCGAGAAGCGAAGUUGUACACAAGAGAUCUCGAGUCAUCGCAUCAUGAGGGGCGAGGGUGUCUGUGGUGUGGUCUGGAGUCCGGACGGGCGAUGGGUCAUCAGCUGCGGCGGCGACGGUGCCGUCAAGGUAUUCUCCCGAACUUGA